AUGGUCUGCCUCAAGACUGUCUUUGCCUCAUUGGCUCUCACCAGCAUUGCUGCUGCUCAUCCUGGUCACGAUCCACACGAAGAAGCUCUUGAGCGUCGCGCCUACUACGAUUCCGUACCUCUGGCCAAAAGAUCCCUGAGCCACUGUGAGGCAAAGAUCAAGGCUCGUGGUCUUGAGCAAAGAUCGCUUGCUCGCCGCGCAGCUCUAGCCACAACAGCCAGACAGAAGCGUGAGCUGGGUGAGGCGUCUCUGGAGGCCGAGCGGUUACUUUUGGCAGCUAACCAGCGCGCAGAGAAACGCGAUGCCACUUCUGUACUCAACACCACUCAUCUGUCCAAUGACACCAACAUCAACAUGGAUGUUACCGAGGAAUAUCUCUUUGGCAAUGGCUCUUGUAUCCUCGUGCCGGAAGUGACUCAAGGUCCUUACUACGUGCAAGGCGAGUACAUCCGCAAGAAUAUUACCGAGGGUCAAGAGGGUGUGCCCUUGACUAUCGAGAUUCAAGUCAUCGAUGUCAACACUUGCGAGCCUGUUCCAGAUGUUUAUGUUGAUUACUGGCACUGUAACGCCACCGGCACUUAUAGUGGAAUUGUCGCCAGCGGAAAUGGAGACUCUUCCGACGCUUCCAACGUGAACACGACUUUCCUUCGCGGGAUUGCAGAGACAGACACUGAAGGCGUGGCUACCUUUGAGUCCAUUGUUCCUGGUCAUUACACUAGCCGCGCCAACCACGUUCACAUCAUCACUCAUACAAACACCACUCUGUACGUGAACGGAACAAUGUCUCCAGGCUCAAUCCAACACGUCGGCCAACUCUUCUUCGACAUGUCUCUGCUCGAACAGGUCGAAGCCACAUACCCCUACAACACAAACACCCAAGACUGGACGACCAACGCUGAGGACUCGAUCUUAGCCGAAGAAACAGCAACCGAUGGUGUAGACCCUGUAGUCGAAUACAUCUUGGUUGGCGACGACAUCAGUGGCGGCGUCUUGGCAUGGGUAUCGAUGGGAGUCGAUAUGACAAACAACCAGACAGUCAGUCCUGCGGGAAACUACUACCGUACUGGUGGUGUAAUGGACUCGACUUCUUCGGGGAUGGCUGGUGGCAUGGGUGGUGAUGGUUCUGGGAACGGUACAUUCAAUGGUACCGCAGAUGCUCCCCCUUCUUGA